AAAGCAACCUUCUUUUGGCAAACCCUGCAAAAACCCACAAGAAAAAAAUCUAAACUUUUUCUGUGUGUGUAUAUAAAUAAUCUUGAAAACUAAAGUAACAAAGAUUUAGAAGAUAAUUAAUCGCCACUUGGGUGAUUUCUCUUUCUGGGUUUUCUCUUUCAAACCGUGUUUAAUCUCGUGUCUUAUCUCCUAAGCUUUCCCCUAGCUUAUAUACGCUGAGCUUCAUCAGAGAAAGAUUUAACCCAGGAGAAGAACAGACUUCGUCAGGAGGAAAUGGCUUUGUUGCGUUGUUCAAUCUUCCUCAGCUUUGCCAUUUUGGUGAUCCUCGUAUUUUCUUGGUCAUGUUUUACUACAACAGAAGCAUAUGAUGCUUUAGACCCAGAUGGGAACAUCACCAUCAAAUGGGACAUCAUGACCUGGACUGCAGAUGGCUAUGUGGCCGUGGUAACCAUAUACAAUUUCCAACAAUAUCGACACAUACAGGCUCCGGGUUGGUCUCUGGGGUGGACAUGGGCAAAGAGAGAGGUUAUAUGGGGUAUGAAUGGAGGGCAAACUACUGAGCAAGGAGAUUGUUCAAGAUUCAAAGGAAACAUUCCUCAUUGCUGUAAGCAAGAUCCUACAGUUGUUGAUCUUAUGCCCGGAACUCCUUACAAUCAGCAGAUUGCAAAUUGCUGCAAAGGUGGGGUUAUAAACUCAUUUGCACAAGAUCCUGCAACCACUGUUUCGGCUUUCCAGCUUACAGUAGGGCAAGCUGGAACCACAAAUAAGACGGUUAGGGUACCGAAGAAUUUCACUUUGAAAGCUCCAGGUCCUGGCUAUACUUGUAGCCCCGGGAAUAUCGUCAAGCCCAGCAGAUUCAUCAGUGCUGAUAAACGCAGAAUCACUCAAGCAUUAAUGACUUGGAACGUUACUUGCACAUACUCGCAAUUCCUGGCUCAGAAAACACCCACUUGCUGUGUCUCGCUUUCAUCAUUCUAUACUAAUACAAUAGUUUCAUGUCCAACAUGUGCUUGUGGAUGCAGAAAAACAUCAGAGACAGGAACUUGUGUAGAUCCAAAAGGUCCACGGAUUGCAUCGGUGAUCCAAAGUCCCGGGAAGAAUUCUUACAUGCCACCUCUUGUCCAAUGUACUAAUCACAUGUGUCCGAUCAGAAUCCACUGGCAUGUGAAAGUUAACUACAAGGAGUAUUGGAGGGUGAAGAUCUCAAUCACAAACUUCAACUACGUUAUGAACUAUUCACAGUGGAAUGUGGUGGUUCAGCAUCCGAACUUUGAUAACCUCACUCAGAUCUUCAGCUUCAAUUACAAGCCAUUGACUCCUUAUGCUUCCAUAAAUGAUACAGGCAUUCUCUGGGGAGUGAAGUAUUACAAUGAUCUGCUCAUGCAAGCCGGCCCUUCUGGUAAUGUACAAUCAGAACUACUUUUCCGGAAAGAUCCUUUGAGUUUCACACUCGAGAAGGGAUGGGCAUUCCCGAGAAGAAUAUACUUCAACGGAGACAACUGUGUGAUGCCUCCUCCCGAUUCUUACCCUAGGCUGCCAAAUUUCGGUUCAUCCCUUAUCGGUUCUCGGCCAGUAGCCGUCUUGACAUUCUUGUCAGUGACAGCUUUCCUUCACAGGAACCUGUAAAAUCCUGAAAUGCAGAGUUAGCUUCUGCAAAUUUUGAUCAUCUCUUACAAUAGAAUGGUGGUGGGCUUGUUUCUUUUGGGAUUCUCCUUGUCUGUAACAUCUCACACUUGCUGCAAACUAACAGGAGCUGAGAGUAACGUUUCAUUCCAUCAUUCAUGGUUUCUGUACAUGACAGCAGAGUUGCCUUUUUCUUUUCUUUUUCUCUGUUA